GGCCAGCAGUAACCCGCAACUGCAUCACACCACUCGUCUGAUGUUGCUGUCAAAGCGUGGACCUGAUGCACCAGCUUGCCGUAAUAUGAUUUUGCCAUCACCAGGAAACAAAAUGUCCUUAACCCUGCACUGAACAAUUAGAAUUUAACUGACAGUUAUACUUCGGGGACCAGCGUUUCAGGAUUGCUUGCCGAUUUGUAGCGCACGUUUUAGGAGCCUGCCAAGGUCAGCCGGACAUGGCAGAGCAGGACCCCCCCGCCAAGAAGGCGCCCGCCGUGGGCACCCUGCACCACUCCCACUUCAUCAUCGGCUCCGUGUCCGAGGAGAACUCGGAGGACGAGAUCCCGGGCAAGACGGACCUGCAGCUGGAGGAGAAGGAGCGGUCGCUGUCGCCGUCCUCCGUCAACUCGGACGGCUUGUACGAGCUGGGCUUCGAAGGCGUAGACGGGCCCACGCACAACCUGAGGCCCAGCAUGUCAGGGCUGCACCUGGUGAAGCAGGGCCGGGACCGGCGGCGCAUAGACCUGCAGCGGGACUUCACCGUGGCCUCGCCCGCCGAGUUCGUCACCCGCUUCGGGGGCAACAAGGUCAUCGAGAAGGUGCUCAUCGCCAACAACGGCAUCGCGGCGGUGAAGUGCAUGCGCUCCAUUCGCCGCUGGGCCUACGAGAUGUUCCGGAACGAGCGCGUCAUCCGCUUCGUCGUCAUGGUGACGCCCGAGGACCUGAAGGCCAACGCCGAGUACAUUAAGAUGGCCGACCACUACGUGCCCGUGCCAGGAGGGACCAAUAACAACAACUACGCCAAUGUGGAGCUCAUCCUGGACAUCGCCAAACGCAUCCCAGUUCAGGCUGUGUGGGCGGGAUGGGGCCACGCUUCCGAAAACCCCAAACUCCCAGAGCUGCUGCACAAGAAUGGCAUCGCUUUCAUGGGCCCCCCAAGCCAGGCCAUGUGGGCGCUGGGGGACAAGAUCGCCUCGUCCAUCGUGGCCCAGACGGCCGGCAUCCCGACUCUGCCCUGGAGCGGAAUGGGGCUGACCGUGGACUGGUCAGAGAGCGACCUGAAGAAGGGGAUGAUCAACGUCCCCCCGGAACUCUACGAGCAGGGCUGCAUCCACAACGUGGAGGACGGGCUGCAGGCUGCGGAGAAGGUGGGGUACCCUGUGAUGGUCAAGGCCUCCGAGGGGGGCGGAGGAAAGGGCAUCCGCAAGGUCAACAGCGCCGACGACUUCCCCAACCUCUACAGACAGGUCCAGACGGAGGUCCCGGGCUCUCCCAUCUUCGUCAUGCGGCUGGCCAAGCACGCCCGCCACCUGGAGGUGCAGAUCCUGGCGGACCAGUACGGCAACGCCAUUUCCCUCUUCGGCCGCGACUGCUCGGUGCAGCGGCGCCACCAGAAGAUCAUCGAGGAGGCGCCCGCCACCAUCGCCACUUCCGACAUCUUUGAGGACAUGGAGAAGGUAGGCCGCCCCCUGCGGGCUCAGAGGGAAGAGAAAGACCGUUUCUGUUUUGCUGAAAUCUAUGUUGUGGUAAAUGGGAUAGUGGGCGGUACACUUGCUCGCAUAAUGCUAUUUUUGGGGGGAGUCGGCCCUGUGCUCCGCCGUUGCUGUGGUGACGGGUCUCUCUGCUCCCGUCAGAUCGCCAUGGGGAUCCCCCUCCACCGGAUGAAGGACAUCCGCAUGCUGUUCGGGGUGCAUCCCUGGGGGGACUCGCCCAUCGACUUCGAGGGCCUGUCCACGGCCCCCUCCCCCCGGGGGCACGUCAUCGCCGCCCGCAUCACCAGCGAGAACCCCGACGAGGGGUUCAAGCCCAGCUCGGGCACGGUGCAGGAGCUGAACUUCCGCAGCAACAAGAACGUGUGGGGCUACUUCAGCGUGGCCGCCGCGGGCGGGCUGCACGAGUUCGCCGACUCGCAGUUCGGCCACUGCUUCUCCUGGGGGGAGAACCGGGAGGAGGCCAUCUCUAACAUGGUGGUAGCCUUGAAGGAGCUGUCCAUCCGAGGGGACUUCAGGACCACAGUAGAGUACCUCAUUAAGCUGCUGGAGACCGAAAGCUUCCAGCACAACAGUAUUGACACAGGCUGGCUGGACCGGCUCAUCGCAGAGAAGAUGCAGGCCGAGCGCCCGGACACCAUGCUGGGCAUCGUGAGCGGGGCGCUCCACGUGGCCGACGUCAACUUGCGCAACAGCGUCUCCAACUUCCUGCACUCUCUGGAGAGAGGUCAGGUGCUACCCGCCCACACCUUGCUCAACACCGUGGACGUGGAGCUCAUCUACGAGGGCACCAAGUACGUGAUGAAGGUGACGCGCCAGUCGCCCAACUCCUACGUGGUGAUCAUGAACUGCUCCUGCGUGGAGGUGGACGUUCACCGGCUGAGCGACGGAGGCCUGCUCCUGUCCUACGACGGCAGCAGCUACACCACCUACUUGAAGGAGGAGGUGGACAGGUACCGGAUCACGAUCGGGAAUAAGACGUGCGUGUUCGAGAAGGAGAACGACCCCUCUCUGCUCCGCUCGCCCUCGGCCGGGAAGCUGAUCCAGUACACCGUGGAGGACGGGGGUCACGUGUUCGCCGGCCAGUGCUACGCCGAGAUCGAGGUGAUGAAGAUGGUGAUGACGCUGACGGCCGUGGAGUCGGGCUGCAUACACUACGUGAAGCGGGCCGGGGCGGUGCUGGAGCCGGGCUGCGUCAUCGCCAAGCUGCAGCUGGACGACCCCAGCAGGGUGCAGCAGGCCGAGCUCCACACGGGGGCGCUGCCCCGCAUCCAGUCGGUGGCCCUGCGGGGGGAGAAGCUGCACCGGGUGUUCCACAGCACGCUGGACCACCUGCUGCACAUCAUGAACGGGUUCUGCCUGCCCGAGCCCUUCUUCAGCACCAGGCUGAAGGAGUGGGUGGAGCGGCUGAUGAAGACUCUGCGGGACCCUUCGCUCCCCCUGCUGGAGCUCCAGGACAUCAUGACCAGCGUGUCGGGACGCAUCCCCCCCGCCGUGGAGAAAGCCAUCAAAAAGGAAAUGGCCCAGUAUGCCAGCAAUAUCACCUCUGUGCUCUGCCAGUUCCCCAGCCAACAGAUCGCCAACAUCCUGGACAGCCACGCGGCCACCCUCAACCGCAAGUCCGAGCGCGAGGUCUUCUUCAUGAACACCCAGAGCAUCGUGCAGCUGGUGCAGAAGUACCGCAGCGGCAUUCGCGGGCACAUGAAGGCGGUGGUGAUGGACCUGCUCCGGCAGUACCUGAAGGUGGAGGUGCAGUUUCAGAACGGACACUACGACAAGUGCGUGUUCACGCUGCGGGAGGAGAACAAGGGAGACAUGGCCAACGUGCUCAACUACAUCUUCUCCCACGCCCAGGUCACCAAGAAGAACCUGCUGGUCACCAUGCUGAUCGACCAGCUGUGCGGCCGAGACCCCACGCUGACGGACGAGCUGAUGGCCAUCCUGACCGAGCUGACCCAGCUCAGCAAGACCACCAACGCCAAGGUGGCGCUGCGCGCCCGCCAGGUCCUGAUCGCCUCCCACCUGCCCUCCUACGAGCUGCGGCACAACCAGGUGGAGUCCAUCUUCCUCUCCGCCAUUGACAUGUACGGCCACCAGUUCUGCAUCGAGAACCUGCAGAAACUGAUCCUGUCGGAGACGUCCAUCUUUGACGUGCUGCCCAAUUUCUUCUACCACAGCAACCAGGUGGUCAGGAUGGCUGCCCUGGAGGUGUACGUGCGCAGGGCCUACAUCGCGUACGAACUCAACAGCGUCCAGCACCGGCAGCUCAAGGACAACACCUGCAUCGUGGAGUUCCAGUUCAUGCUGCCCUCCUCCCACCCCAACAGAGGGAACAUCCCAACUCUAAACAGAAUGUCCUUCUCCUCCAACCUGAACCACUACGGGAUGGUGCACGUGGCCAGCGUGAGCGACGUGCUCCUGGACACCUCCUUCACCCCGCCCUGCCAGCGCAUGGGCGCCAUGGUCUCCUUCCGGUCCUUCCAGGAGUUCAUCAGGAACAUCCAGGACGUCCUGAGCUGCUUCUCCGACUCCCCUCCUCCAAGUCCCACCUUCCCCGAGGGGGGGAACCCAGUCCUGUACGGAGAGGAGGACAGUAAGAGCAUCCAGGACGAGCCCAUCCACAUCCUCAACGUGGCCAUCAAGACGGACAGCGACAUCGACGACGACGGCCUGGCCGCCAUGUUCCGGGAGUACACGCAGUCAAACAAAUCAGUCCUGUUCGAACACGGCAUCCGCAGACUGACCUUCCUAGUGGCCCAAAAGGAUUUCAGAAAGCAAGUCAACUGUGAGGUGGACCAAAGAUUCCAUAGAGAGUUUCCCAAGUUUUUCACCUUCCGGGCCAGAGACAAGUUCGAGGAGGACCGCAUCUACAGGCACCUGGAGCCGGCGCUGGCCUUCCAGCUGGAGCUGAACCGCAUGCGCAACUUCUACCUGACCGCCAUCCCCUGCGCCAACCACAAGAUGCACCUGUACCUGGGCGCCGCCCGCGUGGAGGUGGGCACCGAGGUCACCGACUACCGCUUCUUCGUCCGCGCCAUCAUCCGCCACUCGGACCUGGUCACCAAGGAGGCCUCGUUCGAGUACCUGCACAACGAGGCGGAGCGCCUCCUGCUGGAGGCCAUGGACGAGCUGGAGGUGGCCUUCAACAACACCACCGUGCGCACCGACUGCAACCACAUCUUCCUCAACUUCGUCCCCACCGUCAUCAUGGACCCCUCCAAGAUCGAGGAGUCUGUGCGCUCCAUGGUCAUGCGCUACGGCAGCCGGCUGUGGAAGUUGAGGGUGCUGCAGGCCGAGCUGAAGAUCAACAUCCGCCUGACGCCCACGGGCAAGCAGAUCCCCAUCCGCCUCUUCCUCACCAACGAGUCGGGCUACUACCUGGACAUCAGCCUGUACAAGGAGGUCACCGACUCCCGCACGGGACAGGUGGGGCCCAAAGACCGACAGGUGGGGCCCUCGCGCGUCUCUCAUCCCUUCACCCCGCCCCCCCCCCGCCGACGGGCACGCUCAGAGCCUCGGCUCCCAGCAUGCUCCGCUGCCUCGUGCUGUCCGCUCGCUGCGCGCUACGCGAGAGAGUUUCCCAAGUUUUUCACCUUCCGGGCCAGAGACAAGUUCGAGGAGGACCGCAUCUACAGGCACCUGGAGCCGGCGCUGGCCUUCCAGCUGGAGCUGAACCGCAUGCGCAACUUCUACCUGACCGCCAUCCCCUGCGCCAACCACAAGAUGCACCUGUACCUGGGCGCCGCCCGCGUGGAGGUGGGCACCGAGGUCACCGACUACCGCUUCUUCGUCCGCGCCAUCAUCCGCCACUCGGACCUGGUCACCAAGGAGGCCUCGUUCGAGUACCUGCACAACGAGGCGGAGCGCCUCCUGCUGGAGGCCAUGGACGAGCUGGAGGUGGCCUUCAACAACACCACGGUGCGCACCGACUGCAACCACAUCUUCCUCAACUUCGUCCCCACCGUCAUCAUGGACCCCUCCAAGAUCGAGGAGUCGGUGCGCUCCAUGGUCAUGCGCUACGGCAGCCGGCUGUGGAAGCUGAGGGUGCUGCAGGCCGAGCUGAAGAUCAACAUCCGCCUGACGCCCACGGGCAAGCAGAUCCCCAUCCGCCUCUUCCUCACCAACGAGUCGGGCUACUACCUGGACAUCAGCCUGUACAAGGAGGUCACCGACUCCCGCACGGGACAGGUGGGGCCCAAAGACCGACAGAUCAUGUUCCAGGCGUACGGGGAUAAGCAGGGCCCCCUGCACGGCAUGCUGAUCAACACCCCCUACGUCACCAAGGACCUGCUGCAGUCCAAACGCUUCCAGGCCCAGUCCCUGGGCACCACCUACGUCUACGACUUCCCCGAGAUGUUCCGACAGGCCCUGCGGAAGAUGUGGCAGUCUGUGGAAGGCCAGGCCGUCCUGCCCAAAUGCCCCCUCCCCUCCGAGCUGCUCACCUUCACCGAGCUGGUGCUGGACCCGCAGGGCCAGCUGGUGCAGAUGAACCGGCUGCCCGGGGGGAACGAGAUCGGCAUGGUGGCCUGGCGGAUGACCCUCCGGACCCCGGAGUACCCGGCGGGGCGCGAGAUCAUCGUGAUCAGCAACGACAUCACGCACAAGAUCGGCUCGUUCGGGCCGCAGGAGGACGUGCUGUUCCAGCAGGCGUCCGAGAUGUCGCGCAAGAGCGGCAUCCCGCGCGUCUACAUCGCGGCCAACAGCGGCGCGCGCAUCGGCCUGGCCGAGGAGAUCCGCCACAUGUUCCACGUGGCCUGGCAGGACCCCUCCGACCCCUACAAGGGCUUCAAGUACCUCUACCUCACGCCCCAGGACUACAAGAAGGUUUCGGCGCUGAACUCCGUGCACUGUGAGCACGUGGAGGACGAGGGGGAGUCCAGGUACAAGAUCACUGACAUCAUUGGGAAGGAGGAGGGCCUGGGGGUGGAGAACCUGCGGGGGUCCGGGAUGAUUGCGGGGGAGUCCUCGCUGGCGUACGAGGAAGUGAUCACCAUGAACCUGGUGACCUGCAGGGCCAUCGGCAUCGGCGCUUACCUGGUCAGGCUGGGCCAGAGGACCAUCCAGGUGGAGAACUCCCACAUCAUCCUCACCGGGGCUGGAGCUCUCAACAAGGUGCUGGGCCGGGAAGUGUACACCUCCAACAACCAGCUGGGCGGGAUCCAGAUCAUGCACAACAACGGCGUGACGCACAGCACGGUGUGCGACGACUUCGAGGGCGUGCACACGCUGCUGCAGUGGCUCAGCUACAUGCCCAAGUGUAACUCCAGCCCGGUGCCAAUCCUCAGCUCCAAGGACCCCAUUGACCGAUUGGUGGAAUUUGUGCCCACUAAGGCGCCCUACGACCCCCGUUGGAUGCUGGCGGGACGCCCGAGCCAGAGUCCGAAGGGCCAGUGGCUGAGCGGGUUCUUCGAUCACGGCUCCUUCCUGGAGAUCAUGCAGCCGUGGGCGCAGAGCGUGGUGGUGGGCAGGGCCAGGCUGGGGGGAAUACCUACUGGAGUGGUUGCUGUGGAAACCAGAUCCGUGGAGCUGUCAAUCCCAGCAGACCCAGCUAACCUGGACUCUGAGGCCAAGAUCAUCCAGCAGGCCGGCCAGGUCUGGUUCCCGGACUCCGCCUUCAAGACCGCCCAGGCCAUCAAGGACCUGAACCGAGAGGGGCUGCCCCUCAUGGUGUUCGCCAACUGGAGGGGCUUCUCCGGGGGCAUGAAAGACAUGUAUGACCAGGUGCUGAAGUUCGGGGCCUACAUCGUGGACGGGCUGAGGGAGUACCGGCAGCCCGUGCUGGUCUACAUACCCCCGCAGGCCGAGCUCCGGGGCGGGUCCUGGGUGGUCAUCGACCCCACCAUCAACCCCCGGCACAUGGAGAUGUACGCCGACAAGGACAGCCGCGGUGGGGUGCUGGAGCCAGAGGGGACGGUGGAGAUCAAGUUUCGGAAGAAGGACCUGGUGAAGACCAUGAGGCGCGUGGACCCCAUCUACAUGAGCCUGGCAGAGAGACUGGGGACUCCCGAGCUGAGCCAACCGGAGCGCAAGGAGCUGGAGACCAAGCUGAAGGAGAGGGAGGAGUUCCUGCUGCCCAUCUACCACCAGGUGGCAGUGCAGUUCGCCGACCUCCACGACACCCCGGGACGCAUGCAGGAGAAGGGCGUCAUCACGGACAUCCUGGAGUGGCGCACCUCCCGGCAGUUCUUCUACUGGCGGCUGCGGCGGCUGCUGCUGGAGGACACGGUGAUGAAGAAGAUCCAGGCGGCCAACAGCGAGCUGACCGACGGCCAGGUCCAGGCCAUGCUGCGCCGCUGGUUCGUGGAGGCCGAGGGCGCGGUCAAGGCGUACCUGUGGGACAGCAACGAGGACGUGGUGGGGUGGAUGGAGAGGCAGCUGGCAGAGGACGAGGGGGCCCGGUCCGUCAUCGAUGAGAACAUCAAGUACAUCCGGAGGGACCACAUCCUCAAGCAGAUCCGCAGCCUGGUCCAAGCCAACCCGGAAGUGGCCAUGGAUUCCAUCGUGCACAUGACCCAGCACAUUUCCCCCACGCAGCGUGCCGAGGUUGUGCGUAUCCUCUCCACCAUGGACGCCCCGGCCUCCACAUAAAGAUAUUACUCUGCCUCCGCCCCCCCCCCACCCCCCCCUCCCCCGACCUCUAAUUGGACAGGAGUUCUUCACAUGCUCACACACAUACACGCACACACACUCUGACGCCUCAGAAGAACUCCUUAAAUCCAUUCUGCUGUGCUGGAAACCGAGGAUAAGAGGAGCCAACAUGGCGCCCGUGGAGGGCCGGAGCCGCGAUGGCGGCCUUGCCUUCGAUGGCGUUACCUGUUGGCCAUGAUUCUGGUGGGAGACAGAGGUGCAGCUGGGACCGUUCUAGGGAACCGACUGCCUUAGAAAAUCCACAGUGGAACCGUAAAAUAGCGCACAUUUAAAAACUUACUGCUGAUAUGUGUCGUGUUUGUAAUGUACUCUCUACCUGACGCGCAUGGUCAAGUGAGAGUGUCACUAUUUCUUCAAGUGCAAUUUUUUUUAAUGUAAAUGGAGAAAACGGAGCACCGAACCACAGAAUCAUGUAAUGAAGCCGGUAAGGAAGCUUAGGUCUGUUUCAGCCUGCCGAAGCUGUGGGCCGUUCUCCAGACAGGAAGCCGCACUCUCAUCCCCCACACUUAGCGAGCCACACACGGAGGCAACGGCCACAAAGAAGUGUACUUUUUUUUUUUUUUUUUGGGAAAAAAAACCAAGUCUUAAAAUAUUUUAUAUAUAUAUAUUAAAAAAUGUAUGUUUAAAUGGUUAACCCUGGUCAGUAAUGACAGCAGUAGUGCAUGUUACCGAGGAGAAGGGAGCUCUUUUAGACGGAACGCUUAAUUGAAUAUUAAAGCUGGGUAGGGGUGCACAGUAAUGGGGCGUUAAGCAGAAGAGCCAGCACAGUGCCAAAAAAGAGGUACAAAGUAUUUGAUCCCCGAUUAGUUCAUGGUGCCCUGUUUGCUUGGCAAAACGAUCUCCUUGUGUCUUCUCCUAUCAGAAAUGUGUUCGUCAAACGCUGAUGCUAAGAUCCCCCCCCCCAUCCCCACUAAAACAAAUAUAUAUAUUUUAAACAUGCAUAGCAAAUUGAAUAGAAGUAACUAAUUUAUUAAGUAACGGUCAUGAUAAACGGUACGCAGAUGCAUACAUGUCUGUGCCCGGAGGCAGUUGAACAUGCCCACAUCGUUUCAGUAGGACAACCCCCACUGGCUGUAUUUGUGAUAUACUGUAACGCAUAUGGUGUCUUUCAAGUUUUCGACUGUCUCAGCACUGUAAAGGAAGCCCUGGGAAGGGACGGCAGGUCGUGACGUCUCUGUCACCUGCUCCGCGACUCAAAGUGCAGCCGAGAAUUCUGAGGGUGGCCCAAAAAAAUGCGUGGAAGAAUAGUUUAAAAAAAUAAAAUAAAUGACCAGUAGAAAAGCUUGGGUAGAAUAGUCUGUCUCCUGAGGGAGUGGCUUGCUUCCAAAGCAGUGUUUGGGGCCUCUGAAUGGUUUAAUGCACUGCCUCCAUUGGCAGAGAGGGCCAAGCAUAAUCACUGUCAGUCUCUACUACAUUACGCACAGCCGUGACAUUCUCCCCUUCGCUUACGGUUGCUCCACAGCAACCAAUAGCAGCCAUGUCUGCUGGAGAGCCCUUAUAAUUGUUUCAGAUCAGUAACAUCAUGCUUCAAUUGAAGAGUCAAUAAUGCCUUUUUUUUUUUUUUUUUUUUUUUGCCUGGUGGCCAACACAUUGUGUACUGGCAUUUAUAAAGUGACGUCGUGUAGAGUGAUGUAUCAGUCCGUCUUGAUGUUUGUAGUCCUGGUUGUCGAGAGCUGCCCUGUUUUACACUUGAGGUGGGAAGAGUUUGUGUGUUUGCUGGGGGAAAAUCCAGUUACCUCAAUCUGUUAUAUUAAUAAAGGAAAAUGAAUUACA